CGCUUGUCUCCAUGCGGUACGAUUUUCCCCUUCCGACAAAGAAUAAAGAUAAUAAUUACUAAUAAUAAUCAAAACUCCUUUACCAACACCAAUACCAAACGUGCGGCCCACAUCUUGCUUCCCGGUAAACGGUGUCGUUUUCAGUGCCGCGGUUCCGUUGAGCCUCCUUGCGGUACCGUUUUAACUCUCCGCGGUGCCGCUUGUCUCCAUGCGGUACCGCUCCUCCCCUUCCCACAAGGAAUAAUAAUAAUAAUAAUAACUCCUUUUCCAACACCAAUACUACGCGCGCGGCCCCAUCCUGUUUUUUAGUAAACAGUGUCGUUUUCGGUGUUGUGGUACCAGUGAGCUUCUUUGCGGUUCCGUUUUUCUGUUUCGCGAUACCGUUUUAACUCUCCGCGACGCCGCUCAACUCCAAACGUCACCGUUUUUUACCCGCGGUAUCGAAUUAAAUGCCGAGACUAAUUAAUGCGACAUUUAAUUCAGACCAAAUUAAUUUUAGGUGUCAACACCUCCCCGCCACCACACCCCCAACCCGAUUCGAGAUAUUGGAUUAGUGAAAUUUGAAAGAAGAGGGAGAAAAAGAGGGGAGCCUCUCGAGACCAUGGCUGCCGCUGACCUUACCAUCUCCGCACCCACACUCGCCGCUUCGAUUUUUAAUUUCCUCAACGAGAUCGGGAACAAGGGAGAGAAGGAGGGGAAUGGGGCUUGUAAUUGGGCGAUGUUGGCGAUGACGAAUCCAAUCUUGUCUCAGGAGAUUGCCCUCUUUAUUAGCUUGGAUGUCAUCAAAUCCAAUCUUGGUAGGGUAUUUUCCAUAGUUCCGCCUUCCAUGGUCAAAGCUUGCGGCAGUGUUAAGUAGGUGAAUCUCUUCAAUUGGCGAUUGGGUGCACGAAUUGAGAGAGACGGAGAUGAAGAAUGAGAUGGCGAUGAUUACGAAUGGCGAGGAGAAGGGGGAAUGGCGGCGAGGGAGCUGGAGGAGGUGGCGGCGUUCGAUGAGAGGCAGCGGGGAGGAGAGGAGAGCGAAAGCGGCGAGGAAGAGGAGGACGGAGGCGGGCAGAGCCGAGAUCAACGGGAAGAGAUAGUGGCCGCUGCGGCGGGGCAGUUGUAGUGAUGAUGGCCGCCGUUCUUCUUCUUCUUCAUUUCCGAUUGUGAAAAUUGCAGAGGAAGUCGACUGCGUUUGUAGUUUUCCGGGUCUCUCUGGUUACCGCCGGUCAGUGUAAGGUGGGCGAGAAGGGGAGAGGUCGGAGAAGACGACGGAGAUGGGUUUUUAUUUUUUAUUUUUGUAAUUUUCUUUUUUUAUAUGAAAAAUAAUUAUAAAUUAAUAUUAUAAAUUCCACUUCAGAUGCCACAUCAGCGCUUACUGGAUUUUCUGUUAAAAACUAACGGUCAACGCCGGUCAACUCUAACGGAGAAAUAGUUUAGGACACAAUUGUCAUAUCGAAUACUUUAGGACACAAAUACACAAAAUUAAUAGUUCGGGUUUUCUAGUGGUAGUAGCCCUAAAUAAUAAUCAGAAAUUGUUGGGGAUUGAUUUAUGUAUUGCCUAAGCUAAGGUUUAAUAAAACAUUGGUUUCAUC